AUCCUCAAUAAAUAUAACCUAUUGGCUGAAUCAAACCUGCUUCAAUUAUAUGCUCAUGCUGAUGAGCUUAGUACUAUGCUACCGGAUUGGAAGGCUUGUAAAGAUGUGAAAAAGGCUCUCUCUCAAUAUUGUGCAAAAACUAAAGAUGUGUGGGAUAUUUGGUUACAUGUUUUAGACUUAGUUGUACCAAAAAAUAAUAUAGAUGAAGCAAUUAUGACAGCCAGUUCUCAUAUUUCACAAUUUCAUAAAGAGUUAACAGAAGCUAGGGUUGGUUCCAAACAAAUUUAUAUAUAUGCCAAAUUACCAGAAGUUACUCGAGCUUCUAACGAAAUUCAAAAGAGGCAACUUGAACAGCGAUUACCCAAUCUACCUAAAACUCCCAAACACUUUUUCUUAGAGGAAAGACUUAGAAGAAUUCAAAAUAUCAAUACUACUAAAAUCCCUACUAUGCAAGAUCUUGCAGAUAUAAUUAUAAUGUUGAGUAUGAAACUCGCCAAAGUUGUCACUCUUUGUAUUAUCCAUUAUGAACCUGGUGAAUUAAAUCCUCCUGAAUGGUACAAGUCUGGAAAAGCAAAAAAUAAUCCAGAACCUUGGCAAUUUCUAUUCAUGAAAAAGAAUCCAGAACGUGCAAAAGAAUUGCUUAUCUGGAUCCAAGAUGCAAUAGCAACUGGAAAGUUAUGCAAUUCCGUCUAUAGUAUUAAUAGAAAAUGCAGUAUAGGAGUAUUUAGUAAAUUUUUAAAACUAUAUAAUAUUAUAGCCAAAAGAUUAAGAAAAAUCGGAGAUAAAAAUGCUUCUAGAGUUCAAGGUGGUCAAAAUCCAACUUCGCAAUAUCUUGAAUUCCUCAGCAGAAUUGCAAUGAGACAUAAGAUAGACUGUUUUGAUUCUGGAAAGUAUUAUGCUAAAGGUGAUACUUCUAAUUCUGACCUUAACUCAGAUCCAGAGCUUGAACCAGAAACUCAAGCUUUUAUAUCCAAGUCAACUAGUGAGAUCACUUUCAUAACUGAAAUUGAGGAUAUCUAUGACUUAUAUAGGAGUAUCUAA